AUGUCUGGUCAGGAAUCGUUCAGCCCGGCGCAAUUGAGUCGUCUCGAUGUUGCCGCAAGAGUGUCAGCAUGUCUUUCGAUAGUGGGGUCAGCAUGGACCAUGAUCAGUUACAUCAUGUAUCCACCAUUGCGAAAACCCGUGAAUCGAUUCAGUUUCUGCAUCUCCAUCACGAAUAGUUUAGCUUGUGUUGCUUACUCCUGGGGCCGUUAUCCUGUAGCUGCUGGGCGAAACUCAGGCUUUUGUCAAACGCAGGGAUUUUUCAUCACUUGGUUUGUCAUGACAGAUCCCUUGCUGGUCACUGUUAUGGCACUUAAUGUCUAUUUGACAAUACGGAGGAAACGGAGUCUGAAGGAGCUUCGAAAGACUGACCUUUUGGGAAUUGGUCUUGCCUUCAUGGUCCCAUUUCCUUCUGCCUUGACAUUCUUACUCUGGCGUCCAAACGGCAGGACAGUCUACGGGGAUGCAACAACAUGGUGCUGGAUUUCCCGGGAAUCGGGAAUUCUAAGACUUGCUGCAUUCUACGGCCCUAUUUGGAUUUCCAUUCUAACAUCGCUGUUCCUUUUCGCUCUCAGUGGAAAGAGUAUACUCCGAGUUCGACAAAGGCUGAAUGCUGUCAAGACUAAGAGCCCCUUGCAUCAACAGUUAAGUGGGGAACACAACUAUGCGAAUGGGAAUAUCGAAUCCAACAAUUCUACAGAACCAGAGCGUCCUUCCCAGGUUGUCUUCCACGAGCCAAAUUUCUCUGACGAUCCCAACUCAAAAGAUUUGCAACCUCUUGCACCGACAUACUCUCACGAAUUAUCAAUUUCACGCUCAUCGUCCAAUCAAAUUAUCCCGGCGGUUGGACGUGAACGCACGCUAUCCACCACAAGCCAGACGCCUCUUCGAAGGACUCCUUCUCGCUUCGAUGCUGUACACUGGAAAUACGCACAAUUCGCCUUUUUAUAUACAAUUGUUCUCCUUAUCACAUGGGUUCCGAUCAGCGUCAACCGAGUAUACAAUACUUUUAUCGCCCCCGACAACCAAAUAUAUAGCCUCUACCUCGCCUCUGCCAUUUGUAUUCCGUUCCACGGAUUGGGCAACUCGAUCAUAUACACUAUCACAAGCUGGACGGAAUGCGUCCAGUUCAUAACUUGUAACACUCCUCGACGCCCUAGCGUGGCAUCAGACAUGUCUUGGGGCCCCGACCAAGCAUCCAAAGGAUUGAUCGAUGUCGGGAGAGAUCGCUUCAGAUACAUUGGCUCUCGCAUGCAAAUUGUGAAUACCAAGGAAGCAGGCAGUGAAGAUCACUGCCAUGAGUUCGAUGAAGGCGGGAUGGUGACAGACGAAUUCAUGUGGGACGAGCUAGCCGAGGAGCGCGAAUCAGUUGUCAGCUAUUCAUUGAAACCGAGUCAGUACGUGAGCCUCUGGAAAUUGCAUAGUUCCAAUGUUGGCUAG